ACCUUGUGGCAAUGAGCUCCUGAUCACGAGUCAGGAAACCAAGCUUUUCAGCACGCCCUCCUCUCUCAACAACAGAAAUGAGAGGGUGAGAGAAAGAGAGAGAGAGAGAGAGGGGGGGAAACAGCUAUCGUUUGCCCAGCCUUGUGGAGAGACAAGAGUGAGAGAGUAAGUGAAAGAAAGAGAGGGAGGUAGAGAGACAGAGUGACUGACAGCAGGGGUGAGGAGCAGAUGAGAGGAGAGUUCCCAAACUAUUGCAAAGCGUUGGAACAACCACCAGACCUCCAGUUCAAACAUGUCAGGACAACAGCAGUGGACGCUUCUGGCCGUCAUGGCCCUCCUGGUGCUCACAGUGACAGCAGGCGAAGGGGGGAAAGCUGAGAAACAAGGGAAGAAGGAGCGUAAGUCGGACUGUGGGGAGUGGCAGUGGAGUGUGUGUGUGGCCAACGAGGGCGACUGCGGCCUGGGCACCAGGGAGGGCACACGCACUGGCACCGACUGCAAGCAGACCAUCAAGACCCAGCGCUGCAAGAUCCCCUGUAACUGGAAGAAACAGUUUGGAGGUGAAUGCAAGUAUGACUUCCAGGCCUGGGGAGAGUGUGACAUGGCGACGGGGAAGAAGAACCGGACAGGGGUGCUGAAACGCGCUCUCAUGGAUGCCACCUGUCCUAACACAGUGAGCGCCACCAAGCCCUGCGGCAAGAUCCCCAAGACCAAGCUGCAAGACGCCAAGAAGCCGAAGCGGGAGGGGAAGAAGAGGGAGCGCACUCCGAUGGACUAGUGGUGCAUCAUGGGAAGCAGGAAGUGAAAGGUGAUGCUUAUACUGCCCUAUCUCAACAUGUCCUAUUUGUUUGUCCUGUAGGUUUAUAGGGACCUGUAGAAGCUACACAACAAAGAGUUGGAUAGAAGUGAUACAAUUUCUUUCUUUCCUAAUUUCUCAUAGGAAAAUCUUGUAGGGGACUUAAUACUCUGUGUGAAUAAUGCAAAUUAAGCAUUUCUUACUAAAAUGCUUACCUAAUAACAUUUUGCAGGGUAAUAUUUGGAAAAACAAAAUACAUUUUUCGUACUACAUAACAUCAUUUUUGUUUGAGGUGACAAAGUUAUUCUCACUCAAAUUAAAAAUCAUUUCUUUCAUGUCUUGAUUUAAAGCAGCUUAAAGUUAAAACCUCAUGCCUUUAUUGGGGUUUUAAAGGUUAUUUUGUUGGUACCCUCAACAGCAAAAUUGCUAACGACUUUUGUAACCAUUUUUGAGGGCAUACAUUAUUAACAAGAAACAUAAGUACUCAUUGAUGUAAAGGAAAUUCCUUUCAAAAGUUAUCUACAGUGAAAGAUGUAAACUAUUGUCAGUUGACUGUAUAAAUUAGCUACUGUACUGUACAUGUGUUAGUGUGUAAGAUAUUGUGUCCAGUAUUAGUUCUUCCUGUUAUUAUACCUCACUUUGUAGUUCCCCUGCUCUCCAGUUGAACUCUGAGUAAAACUGUUAUUGUAGUUUCCAACUGGAGUUGACCUGUCCUAAUUAUCGAUUACAUUUAAAAAAAUAAAGUUUGAAAUUAUGUCCAAA